AGAGCGAGAGAGAGAGGGAGGGAGACCGAGAGAGAGAGAGAGAGAGAGAGAGAGGGAGGGAGACCGAGAGAGAGAGAGAGAGAAUGCAGGAGAAGAUUUAAAGGGCUGCUGUUGCUGCAGCUGUGAAAGAAGGUUCCUGUUCUGCAGAUACCCCAGGUGUUCUGCUACCCUACCCUCUGAUAACCCAGGUGUUCUGCUACCCUACCCUCUGAUACCCCAGGUGUUCUGUUACCCUACCCUGUGAUACCCUCUGCCUGUUGUGACUGUCCCUGUCACCUCAGUCCCUGGGAGAGAGAGAGAAAGGAAGAAGGACAGAGAGAGAAGCAACACUAAAGAUUUAAAGAGCUGCUGGUGUAGAAGACGAGAUACUGUCCUUCCCUGUCCUCUCCUGUCCUGCUGCCUGCCUAGAGGCUGAAGCUGAGAGUCUGAGGGCCAUGGUGAAGAUGUCUGGAGCUGACCUGGUACCUGGAGCCCUGCUACCCUGCCUCUGCACCCUGCUCUGCCUGAACCUGCUGCUCCUCCCUGGGACCGUCGAGCCGGGGGUACCCCUGGAGGACUUCUACCCCUUUGGCCAGGACUCGGGGGACUCCCAGACCAUCUCCCAGGACGAUGGCGGCUCGGGGCUGGUGGAGAUCUCUGUUGCAUUCCCCUUCUUCGGUGACAGGCACUCUGGACUCUACGUAAACAACAACGGCCUGGUCUCGUUCCUCAGAGAGGUGUCUCAGUUCACACCUGUAUCGUUUCCCAUCGCCGGAGACCGGAGGGUUGUGGCGCCGUUCUGGGCUGACGUGGACAACAGGCGUGCGGGGCAGGUCUUCUACCGGGAGAGUAAAGACCCGUCUGUCCUCCUGAGGGCCACGGCUGACGUCAGACGACACUUCUCUGAGUUCCCAGAGUUCAGUGCGACGUGGAUCCUCAUCUCAACGUGGCACAAAGUCACCUUCUUUGGAGGGAGUGACAUCACACCGGUGAAUACGUUCCAGGUCAUACUGAUCACCAACGGAGAGGUAUCCUUCACCAUCUUCCAGUAUCAUGACAUCACCUGGACCACAGGCAAGCACGCCAGCAGUGGAGGAGACCUGGCAGGGCUAGGAGGCAUCGCUGCACAGGCAGGUUUUAACGCUGGCGAUGGGAAACGCUACUUCAACAUCCCGGGGUCUCGUACUGAUGACGUCGUGAAUGUGGAAGGAACCACCAACGUGGGUUACCCCGGGAGAUGGGUGUUCCGGAUCGACAAUGCCCAGGUGGAGGUGGGCGGAUGCAACGACUCCGCGUCGGUGUGUCCACACCUUCGACCCUGUCUGAACGGAGGUCGCUGUAUAGACGACUGCAUCACCGGCAACCCUUCCUUCACCUGCUCUUGUCUGGCUGGGUUCACAGGAUCCCGGUGCCAGAUAGAUGUAGAGGAGUGCUCGUCAUCUCCAUGUCAGAACGGAGGUACCUGCUCAGACCAGGUUAACGGCUUCAUCUGCCAGUGUCCACCUGGGUUUACAGGGACAGUCUGCCAAACAGAUGUAGAGGAGUGCUCGUCAUCUCCAUGUCAGAACGGAGGUACCUGCUCAGACCAGGUUAACGGCUUCAUCUGCCAGUGUCCACCUGGGUUUACAGGGACAGUCUGCCAAACAGACAUAGAUCAGUGUUUUUCCCAGCCUUGUCUGAAUGGAGGGGACUGUCGAGACCAGGUGAAUGGUUAUACCUGCACCUGUCCUGCUGCCUUCACCGGGACACACUGUGAGACAGAGUUGGCGGUGGUCAGUGUGAAUUCAUCAUCUACUUCUCGAACUGAAAAUCGAACAGUGUCCUGUGAGGGGGAGGGCUGUGACAAACACCAGAUCUGUGAACACACCGGCUCUGGGAGUUACAACUGCACAUGUACCCAAGGAUUCUAUGGUGACAACUGUGAAGAGGAGUGUCUGUGCCAGAAUGGUGGCAUCUGUGUGGAAGUGAAUGGGACCUGUGACUGCUCCUCCGGCUUCACUGGACUCUACUGUCAGUUUGAGGUGACCCAGACCCCAUGCAGCAACAGCAGGCCGUGUCCUGACGGAGGACCCUGUCUGGAGUAUGGAGGAACCUACCUGUGUACCUGUCAAACAGGUGUGGCAGACCUAGAUCACAGGGACUUCUAUCCUCCCUAUGUACAGCCUCGAUCGGUCUGUGAUUCGUCUCCGUGUCUGAACGGAGGUCAGUGCUAUGAGAGGGAUGGAGGCUACACCUGCGAGUGCAAGCAUGGAUACAGAGGGAAGCACUGUGAGAAAGUCAGACUCAAUACCUGUGCCUCUGGCCUGUGUCGUAACGGAGGCUCCUGUAAAGAGGAGGCAGGGAGCUACCUGUGUGUCUGUCCAUACAGGUUCACUGGAAAACACUGUGAAGUGGGGAGGCCAGACCCGUGCUCCUCCAGCCCCUGUCUGAACGGAGGAACAUGUUUCCACUACAUCGGGAAGUACAAGUGUGAAUGUUCCGGAUCCUUCAGCGGGAGACACUGUGACAUCAGCAGGGAAUCAGCACACUCCACAGCAGACCUGGACUGUGGUCCCCCUCUGCAGGUGAAGCAUGCAGAGCUCCAGUUCUCCUCUACGUUGCCAGGCUCCAUGGCGCUGUACGUGUGCCACCCAGGAUACACCCCCAUGCCCAGGGCCACCCAGAGCAUCUGUGGGGGGCAGGGGGCCUGGAGCCAACCUCCUGUCUGCCAGGAGAUCAACGAGUGUUUGUCCCAGCCUUGUCUGAAUGGAGGGACAUGUCGGGACAGGGUGGCGACCUACCAGUGUGCAUGUGACCAAGGCUUCAGUGGAAACCACUGCCAGACAGAUGUGGAUGAGUGUGUGUCGGAGCCCUGUAAGCACGGAGGAACCUGUGAGGAUCAGCCUGGAUCCUACUACUGUCACUGCCAGCAGGGUUUCAUGGGACGAGACUGUGAAAUAGACGUUGUGUCCCCAGAGCAGGACGGGUGUGAGUCCAGCCCCUGUCUGAACGGCGGUGUGUGUCGUGGCUACAGGCGAAACCACCUGUGUGUCUGUAAAGAAGGUUUCUUCGGGGAUCGUUGCCAGUCGUUGGACAAUCCCUGUGUACUGCAGCCGUGUGGGAACAGAGGUCUCUGCCAGAGCAACAGGAGAGGGAACUACAGCUGUACUUGCAGAGUGGGACACACAGGCAAGGACUGUGAGAGAGACCUGUUGCCUCCCUCUGGUCUGCAUGUAUUACGGGUGGAGGAGGAUGAGGUGGAGCUGCACUGGGACCUGCCGGCCCCUUCCUCUCAGAGCCUGUUCAGUGGCUUCCUUCCUGUGACCUACGCCCCUCUGGGUCUCCCGGGCCGUGGCAGCCUUCCCAGGAAGACCGACUUCCUGGACAAGAAGCAGUCCACCUAUCAGCUGCAGGGCCUGGUGCCCGGCCUGCUUCCCUCAACAUCUCUACCUUCUCUGGCCGCGGACUGUAUGGACCAGCUGCAGGUCGUCAACGUAACUUCCUCCCAGACGACAGUGGAUCUCGCACCGCCCUGGUCAACACCAGCACCACGGAGUACGCAUUCAGGUAUGGAACCGCCCUGGUCAAUGCCAGCACCACGGAGUACGCAUUCAGGUAUGGGAACCGCCCUGGUCAACACCAGCACCACGGAGUACGCAUUCAGGUAUGGGAACCGCCCUGGUCAACACCAGCACCACGGAGUACGCAUUCAGGUAUGGGAACCGCCCUGGUCAACACCAGCACCACGGAGUACGCAUUCAGGUAUGGGAACCGCCCUGGUCAACACCAGCACCACGGAGUACGCAUUCAGUUCUCUGCUCCCUGGUCAGAUGUACACGGUGGACGUUCUAACUCAGAGUGGUAUCAGACCAGACGAGUCGCCCUCCACCAGUCACUCUGCUGGACCUCUGCAAGUCUGGACACGGCCCCUCCCCCCUCAGAACCUGUCUUUGGCACAUGUGACCUCCAACUCUGCCCUGGUGACGUGGGACCACCAUCCCAGGAACCUGCCAGACGGCUUCGUGGUCAAUGUGACGCGAGGCCUGAGCACCCGGAGUCGCUUCCUACCCAAUGGGAAGUUAGAGACGUAUACCCUGAGAGAGCUUUCUCCGGGACAGCACUACCACCUUGCUCUCACGGCUGUUAGGAACACGGGACAGGAACAGAUUCACAGCGUACCACAGCACCUGGUCUUCACCACAUUAUCGAUGGAGGAACGAUGGGGAGGGAGGACGAGGGGGAGACCGUCUGUCGUGGGCCAGGGAACCCCUGUGAGUCAUACACUAGCCCUGUCUGAACCUCAGGACCUGGGGGUGGCUGGAGAGAGAGAGCUCUCUGAAGAGAUGCCCAGAUACACAGAGCUGAUUGAUGGUAGAGGGAAGAUAACAGCUAAGUUCUCCAAACUGCCCAGAAAGGCCAUCAGACACCGCACUAAACCCGAGCCCCCCAUUCAGCUCGAGAGGAUGGAGGAGACAACUAAUAAAAUCAGCCUUGCACUAGAGAUCCAGAGGAAGGAGGAAGAGGAGGAGUCCAAGAGAAAGCCUGAGUCGUCCCAGGACUGCCGGAGUCUGCCCUGCCUGAACGGGGGUACGUGUGCGAAGGGCGGCGACUCCUACAUCUGCGACUGCGUAGCCGGGUUCAAGGGCAGGCAGUGUGAGCUGUUCUGCCAGCGAGUGCCCCACCCGUGUACCCGCCUCUACUCUGAAACCAAGAGCGUGCCCGUCUGGGUGGGUGAAGUCUGCCAUUACCUGUAUAAAAUAACGUAUAAAGUCCAGCAGGAUAUUUGCUAUCGAGAGAUCUGUGGACCACCACUGCUUCCCAAGAAAAGCCCCAACAGAAGAACUAACAGACAACAUUAAUGAAAGCUAAUCUUGGAUGACCCAUGUUGACCCAUGUUGCCCAGAGAUUGGCCUAUUGGAUGACCCAUGUUGACCCAUGUUGCCCAGAGAUUGGCCUAUUGGAUGACCCAUGUUGACCCAUGUUGCCCAGAGAUUGGCCUAUUGGAUGACCCAUGUUGACCCAUGUUGCCCAGAGAUUGGCCUAUUGGAUGACCGAUGUUGACCCAUGUUGCCCAGAGAUUGGCCUAUUGGAUGACCCAUGUUGACCCAUGUUGCCCAGAGAUUGGCCUAUUGGAUGACCCAUGUUGACCCAUGUUGCCCAGAGAUUGGCCUAUUGGAUGACCCAUGUUGACCCAUGAUGACCCAGAGAUUGGCCUAUUGGAUGACCCAUGUUGACCCAUGUUGCCCAGAGAUUGGCCUAUUGGAUGACCCAUGUUGACCCAUGUUGACCCAGACAUUGACUUAUUGGAUGACCCAUGUUGACCCAUGUUGCCCAGAGAUUGACCUAUUGGAUGACCCAUGAUGCCCAGAGGUUGACCUGUUGUAGCCGCAGCUUGAAUGAGGAUUUGGAGGAAGCUAACAAGUGGAAUAUGAUUGACCCCGACAACCAUCAAUGAGAUUUGGCCCCAGAAUCAUCAAUAAUUUCUAACUAUUCUAUGUCAUAUUUUUUUUAACAGAAUUUUCACUCAUGACGGAUGACAAAUGUACCAUAAACAGUUCACACCUGUGUAAAAUCAAAACAUUAUACAUACCUCAUGUCUCACAUACAGUGGGGCACAUAGUCAGCCACCAAUUGUGCAAGUUCUCCCACUUAAAAAGAUGAGAGAG